AUGGCUGUCGCACAGCGUUACGACGGAGUCGGCCAGCACGGCUUCGGUCAGCACUACCCUUCCAUGGCGCCCCCGUCAUCUCUGCACAACUUCGGCUACGACCGCAGAUCGCAGAUGGAAGCCGAUUCCGAGCCCAUGUGGCCGGUCCCUCGAGUCCAACAACCACUGCACCAAGGCGCUCCGAACGACAGGUCCCGCGACGCGGCCGCCUUCCCUAGUGGCUUUGCGCAAGGAGACCUGGCUCGCCAUCAAGGUCAACAGGCCAACUACACGUACGAUGGCUCGGCGCCGGCGAUCCGCAAUCCGGUCGUGUACAGUCAACCGGCUCAAGUGCCAUGGGGUCUAGCGGGGCAAUCGACGGCAGACUAUCCGGAGUACCCCACGGCCUCCUUUAUGGGAUCGAUGGGACAACGAUCUCAUCCUCCUGUUCACAACGCCUCCUCGUACCUCGGCGGUACCAAUAACCCUGUUUACGGCGAUCCUGCCAUGCACGCUACCGCCGAUGGAUACCCGAGAGUGAUGAACGGUCCGACAUCGAGCAUGGGUGGGCCAUAUGAUCACUCUGCCGAGACACUGUGGCCACUUGGUCCCAACUCGCUGGAUGCCUUUGCUGGCAUCCCCAACCCCUCAGGGCAGGUGGCGCGUCUCACACUCACCUCGUCCAACGACAAGAACAAGCUCAAGGCAAGGUCAUCCCUGCCACCACCCAAGCAGUUCAAAUGCUCGGCGUGUGAUGCGAUCUUCAGCAGAAACCACGACCUCAAGCGUCAUGCGCGCAUACAUUUGGCAGUCAAGCCUUUCCCGUGCGGAUACUGCGACAAGGCCUUCAGCCGUAAGGACGCGCUCAAGCGCCACGUCUUGGUCAAGGGCUGUGGCAUUGGGAACAAGAAGAACGAUAACCGCAAACGCGCAGCCACCUUGUCGAAACUCGAGCACGGCGGCGAAGGCAGCAACACCAGCCGAGGUCCGUACGACGCGGUCUCUUCCGAAAGCCGCCCGCACGACUUGAGCAACUUCCGCGACGGCCUGCAUUACCAAGGCCAUCAGCAGCAGGAAGAGCAGCGACAGCCAGGCCGGGCAGACCAGUCUUGGCCAUCCGGUCUGUCAGAAGACACCACCGCUUCACCCAACAUCAACGCCGGCUACAGCUCCGGCCGCGCGGGUGGGGGCGAAGAUCGGUCGCCAGCUUCGCACGGUGGCCAGCCAGCACAUGCCGGGACUUUGCCACCGUACGCUUCGCAAUCCCAAGGUCAGCAGUACCCGGGCUACGGCAUGAGUGAUCAUGCCUUUCAGCAGCAGCAGCAGCAGCAGCAGCAGCAGCAGCAGCAGCGACAACAGCUUCCUGGAGGUUUAGUCAACGCCUUUGCUUCGCCCGAAGCCACUUCGGUCUCGUCUCCGAGCGAUUCGCAGUCGCGACAUCACCUCGGCGGUAAUGGUGCAGCGUCAGCCGAUGCUUUCGAGUCGAAAGAAGCAGCCAACCAGCUGUCGCGGCCGGGCAGCGCCAAGCUGAUGAACUCGGUCGCCUACGGUACGAACCCGUACCAGAGCGUCGAUUCGGCCAUGCCGACGAAUGCUGGGCUCAACGCAGCGGCCAUGGGCAACGAGCCGGGCAGCGGUUUUGGACCUUUCGAUGGCCAGGGAAGGGAUCGCUUUGGACCUGGAGGCUAUGCGUCCGGACCCAUGCUUUCGCCCGGCCAUCUCGGCCCGGACCACGGCAACCCGCACGCCAUGUCGACCAUCAAGAGGGAUCAGCAGCCGCAGUAUGGCUCGUACUUUGGAAGCAACCCCACCAACUGA